UCAAUCAAAACAAAAGGACUUCCUCUGAAUGAUUUAAUAGAGCGUAGAAAACCGCUUUGCGGCUUUUGAAUUGGUGGACGUGUUGGUGAGUUCCACGCGAAACCGUACUAGUGAUGACAACUCGUUCCCACUUCGAGUACCAUGAACGGGAUACCUGAACGAAGGAGAGGGUGCAGUUCGAAGCGAUUAGAAGUAGCGCUCCUGAAACUGGGUCAUUGGAAUCAUAGCAUCGCGCGCGCGCGCAUCAGCGUUCCGAGAUGAAUAAGUAUGCGUUUUUGUUUUUUUUGCCCCGGGUGUGAUAUGAUCACAUACUAACACAAAAGUCCAAUGGAAGGCCGGAAUUGCCCUCUCACAGAGAUUACAUACGUAUAUUGCAAUCGCAAAGGCCCAAUAGAUAGUACUACUGCGAGACUCAGAAGGGGCUGCUUCGACCCAGCCAUGCGGAUAGAUAUGUGUAAGAAACUCGUGAUAGCAGCGUGUUGGGGUACGUAUUGUAUCGCGCCCGAAUAUAUAGAGUACUUACAUAGUCCGAAUGGCCGAGAUGAAAAACCAAAAAACCUCUACAUGCAGCCCCGUCCAGGUGUUGCGGCUAUUGAAUGUGUUAUAGUAAUGCGUGCCUGUUGCGCAAAGCGAGGUACCCAUAGGAGUUUGCAAUCGGACACGGGCUUGCGCCGCGGCAACACCCCCCAAAACCUUUUUUUACUACUACCUUGGGGGUGCAAAAGUGCGGGUUGCGGACAGGGUGAGAUCCGAAAUGAGUCGAAUCGUGCCGUGCCUGGGGGCAGAGUUCUAGAGUGGUAAGGGAUCAUCGUCUCUUCUUAUAGUUCGCCGUUUGUACUAGUGAGGAGGGGAAGGAGGAGGAGGGAGGGAGGGAGGGAGGGAAGUCUUCUCACAUCGUCGGCGGUCAGAGGUUCUUGAUCCAAUGG